UCCGGCACCAGGCUUCUAACUCAGCACUUCUGCUGAAGAAGUCGGAAGUUGUUUCCUGUGCUGCGGUGUGUUUUCAGCCGUGAGGACGUUGGAAGUUGGCUCCUGGGCUGCGGUGUGUUUUCCGUUGUGGAGAGAGCGAAGCCAACCUCGGCAGCCGCAUCAUGAAUUCAUUGACCUAUGAUGACGUGCAUAUCAACUUCACUUGCGAAGAGUGGGCUUUGCUGGAUGCUUCCCAGAAGAGACUCUACAAAGAUGUGAUGCUGGAAACCUACAGUAACCUUACUGCUAUAGGCUACAAAUGGGAAGACCAUAAUAUCGAAGAACAUUGUCAAAGAUUUCGAAGACGUGGAAGGCAUAAAAGAAGUCGUACUGAAGAGAGACCCUAUGAAUGUAAGCAAUGUGGUAAAGCCUUUUCCCAUCGAUGUUAUCUCCAUAACCAUGAAAGAAGACAUACUGGAGAGAAACCCUAUGAAUGUAAUCAAUGUGGAAAAGCCUUUGCAAAUCGAAGUCAUCUCAACAUUCAUAAAAGGUGCCACACUGGAGAGAAACCCUAUUCAUGUAAUCAUUGUGGAAAAGCCUUUUCACAACAGAGUCAUCUCAACAUUCAUAAAAGAAUCCAUACUGGAGAGAAACCCUAUCAAUGUAAUCAAUGUGAAAAAGCUUUUACAGAUUACACUCAUCUUAGAAGACAUGCAAUAAUUCAUACUGGAGUGAAACCCUAUGAAUGUAAUCAAUGUGGUAAAGCCUUUUCAAAACAUGGUAGUCUCCAAACACAUAAAAGAACUCAUACUGGAGAGAAACCCUAUCAAUGUAAUCAUUGUGGAAAAGCUUUUGCAGAUUACAGUUAUGUUAAAUUACAUGAAAGAACUCAUACUGGAGAGAAACCCUAUGAAUGUAAGCAAUGUGGGAAAGCCUUUUCACAACGGAGUCAUCUCCAAAUUCAUAAAAGAACCCAUACUGGAGAAAAACCCUAUGAAUGCAAGCAAUGUUAUAAAACUUUUGCAAAUUGCAGUGCUCUUAAAAUACAUGACAGAACUCAUACUGGAGUGAAACCGUAUGAAUGUGAUCAAUGUGGGAAAGCCUUUUCACACCACAAUAGUCUCCAAACACAUAAAAGAACUCAUACUGGAGAGAAACCCUAUCAAUGUAAUGAAUGUGGGAAAGCCUUUGCAAAACACAGUGGUCUCCAAUCGCAUAAAAGAACUCAUACCGGAGAGAAACCCUAUGAAUGUAAGCAAUGUGGGAAAGCCUUUUCACAAUGGAGUCAUCUCAAAAUUCAUAAAAGAACUCAUAUUUGAGUGAAAACCUAAGAAUGUGAUUAAUGUGGGAAAGACUUUUCAGAUUACAAUAGUCUCCAAGCACAUAAAAUAAUUCAUAAUCAGUAGAAACCCUAUGAAUAUAAUGAAUGUGGUAGAGUGUUUUCAGAAUACAGUGGUCUCCAAAUGCAUACAAAAUUCAUAGUAGGGGAAGACAAACACAGCCCAACUUUUGCUACUCAUUUCAGGGGGUCCCAAGCCACUCAUAGGCCAGCCUGGGUUCUCAAGAUCUGGCCUGGCAAGAAGACAUCCAUGGCCCAUCUGAUGCCACUUGGCUCCGAUGGAUACAAGCCACCCACAGGCCAGACUGAGUUAAGACCUCAGCUGGUGGGAAGACAUCCAUAUUGGCCUGACCAUGAUCCAUGAUUUUGUUUGGAGGAAUUUGGUGUUUGGAAAGCAGUGGAAUGUUUUAAGCACUACUACUUAAUGAGCCAAACUAGUAGGUACAUAGAAGACAGUGGUACUGAAUGUGAUUUUGAUAAAAUGUGAGUGGCUCACUCAAGAAGAAGAAGAGAAGAUUUUAGUAUGUUGCUUAGAUCGACCAUUCUUUUAUUAUUUUGGUUAAGAAAAUGGCUGGCUUUUGCCUUUAUCUAGAGCCUGCCUGAGUGUAAAGAAAUUUGGAUUAGUUCCUUCGGCAGAAGAAACCUCAAAACAGCAUAGUAUAGAUUCUGUCAUGUGGUUAUGAAUGGUAACUCUAAGGAAGAUUUAUAAUGAAAAGGAGCAAGCUGAACAGUAUAAAUUACAAAAUGUAAAAUUUAAGGAGAGAAGGAACACGAAAAAGUGGAGUGGUAGAUUUCAGCAACAUCACAAACUACAGAAAGGCUACAGUCUCAUGGAAACUGAAUAAUCCUCAAUUGAAUCACUAUUGGGUCAAGGAAGAAAUAAAGAAAGAAAUUAAAGACUUCCUAGAAUUCAAUGAAAAUGAAUGUACAACUGUUGGGAGUGCAA